UUAAAAUUAUACCUUUUUUGGCACAUCAAAUUUUCUCUAAUUUCCGAGAUCCGUUGCAGUAACAGAAUGAUAAAAUUAACUGGGAUUUUCAAAAUCUAAGAAGGGAAUAACCACAUUGAUAUAAAGAAGAGGGUAACUCCUUUUUUCCAUUGGCUGUGCCCUUAUCGGCAUACAAUUACAUAUAAGGACAUUAGGCAUAUUGCAUUCAAUUGAGAGGGAUUCAAAAAAAUUGUGAAGAAUCAAAGCAUCAAGUGAAAUUGUAGGAAUUGAAAACACACCAUGAAUAAUCAAAAACCUGUUAAUAUUUACUGGAGCUGUAAAGGCAAUAAAAAUAGUUCUCGUUAUGAACUUAUAGAAUGGGUGAACGAGAUACUCUGCACCAAUUUAGGUGAAGUAGAACAAAUGCGUAGCGGUGCUGCAUACUGCCAGUUAUUCGAAUUGCUAUUUCCAGGAAAUAUACCUUUGAAGAAAGUAAAGUUUCGAACGAAUGAUGUGUGCCAGUAUCGCCAUAAUUUUGAUUUGUUGCAAACAGGCUUUGAGAAGUUACGAAUUCCAAAACUAAUACCAGAAAAUAAGCUUGUUCUUGGGAGUUAUCAGCAUAAUUUUGAGUUUCUGCAAUGGUUUUAUAUGCUAUUUCAAAAAAAUUGCAACAACGAAACAUUACAGGAUUAUGAUCCCAUUCUGGCGAGAAACGGUUGUCCUUUAGAUCUAUGUUCUAUUGAUGAUUGUAAUCAUAGGCCACCGUUUUUGCAAAAUGAUUUGGUUGAUACAAUGUCGUAUGAAACUAUCACAUCAACGAUUGAAACCGACUUAAAUGCCACGGUUGAUGUCAAUGAAGUAAAGAGAACGCCAUCAUAUGAAACAACAUCCCCUAAUAAAGCGAAGGUGGAAUUCGAUACCAGAACAUAUUCGAUUAGUAGUGAUGAACAUAUAGACAAAUGUGUUGAAAAUGAUUGCGAACUGGUGUUUGACAGUAGUUUCGAUAGCAGAACUUAUACAAUUGCUGAUUCGGAUGCUUCAGAGUUGGAAAUAACUGAAAUCCCAGAUAUAGCCAUAAAAAAAAUCUCAUAUAGAGUUCCAGAUAUAACAAAUGGUAUUCCCCGUUCUUUUGGCAGUGAUGACAUCAUUAAAUCGCCACACGUAUUGAACACUGCUCUACCUGAUAACUUUUUGGCAUUGCCAGACGCACUAAGAACUGAAGUAUCACGUUCAGCACGGCGUGAUAUAGUAAAUCGGAAAUGUCUUCCUAAAUCGACUACCGCAACAGCUUGUGAGACAACAAAUAUAGAAGAAAUAUGUAGAGAACCAACUCUGUCAAAUAUUUUAAUACCGUAUAAGAGCUUGAAUCGAAAAAAAGCAAAAAAACUAUUCAACUGGAAAACGUUCUUAAGCGUUAUGGAUCGAUCUCUCUGCGAACAAAUUGAAGCAAUUAAGCAGAGUAUACCACAUACUAUGAAAAUUGCUCCCGCAUAUUCUAUAACUAAUGAGGAACGUCGUAAGGAAACUAAUAAUCUUCUAGCUUUAGGUAUGUUUGAGAGCGAUAAAUUUCAUGAGGCCAUAAGAGAACGAAAUUUAUUGUUCUUAGAGUUCAAUAAAUUGUUUAAACAUUUUCGGAGUUGUGCUAUCAACAGUGCUGUGCCAGAGUUCGAAGAAGUACUAAGAUUGAUUUUUGCAGAAGAUAAGGGUCCUUAUUUACCCAGAGAGCUGGAAGAAUUUCAAAUAAAGCAAUAAAUAUUACUCCACAAAAGAAGAUUAUAAGAAAAAUCCUUCUGUGUUCAUGUCACAAAAUUUAAAAUAUGUAUGUAUAUAUAUUUUUUA